AUGGCCGUCACCGCAGCUCCUCGGCCGCAUCCGCUGGCGCCGCUCUCCCCCGAAGAGCACAUCAAGGCCCGCGAUGCCGUUGCCAAGCUCCACGGAGCCUCCGAAUCCAUCUUCUUCAGAGCCAUCCACGUCCAGGAGCCCAAAAAGGCCGAGCUGCAGCCCUUUCUCGAGGCCGAGCACACGGGCAAGCUGACAGACGAGACCAAGCGGCCCGACAGAGUGGCCAUUGUCGAGCACGAUGUUAUCCGGGCUGAUCGCUCCGAGUACAUCAACGCGUUUGUCAAUCUGGACACUGGCAAGGUCGCCACCGUGUCAGCCCCGGUGCCGCACCAGCCAUAUGUCACGCCUGGCGAGUUUGACCUCUUCAACGAUGCUUGCAUCAACUCGGAUCUCUUCAAAGAGGCAAUGUCCGAGUUCGUCCUUCCCGAAGGCUUUGAAAUCUGCAUCGACCCGUGGCCCUAUGGCCCCCCCAACGCCGAUGAAAAGGACAUUCCGCGGUAUAUGCAGGGAUUGGUCUAUGCAAAGGACACCCGCAACAAGAACGACGACUCCAACCACUACGGCUACCCGAUCCCCAUUGUCCCCGUAAUGGACUGGCAUACCAAGAAGCUCAUCAGAGUAGAGAGAAUCGCAACUGGUGGCAUUGACGAUGAGCUCGAGGCCAAACCCCGAAGCGAGGAGCCCGUCAAGCUGUUUGAGAACCACAAGGGCUGCGAGUACGUCCCCGAGCUGCUGGACGUACCCCUGAGGACGGACCUGAAGCCCAUCAACAUCAUACAGCCCGAGGGCGCUUCUUUUACGAUUCAAGACGAUGGUCUGAUCGAGUGGCAGAAGUGGAGAUUCCGCCUUGGAUUCACCCCUCGCGAAGGCGCCGUCCUGCACGACGUCCACUACGACAACCGCUCCGUCAUGUAUCGCGUCAGCUUCAGUGAGAUGACGGUCCCCUACGCAGACCCGCGUCCCCCUUUCCACAGGAAACAGGCUUUCGACUUUGGUGACGGCGGCAUGGGGAGGGCAGCCAACAACCUGGAGCUGGGCUGCGAUUGUCUUGGAGCCAUCCACUAUGUUGACGCCCUCACCACAGAGCCCGACGGCGCGCCCUCAACGGCCAAGGCUGUGGUGUGCCUCCACGAGCAGGACAAUGGCAUCCUGUGGAAGCACACCAACUUCCGCACAAACCGGGCUGUUGUGACGCGCAACCGCGAGUUCGUGGUCCAGUUCAUCGCCACUCUGGCCAACUACGAGUACGUCUUGGCGUACAAGCUGGAUCUCGCCGGUUCCAUCACUCUCGAAACCCGUGCCACGGGCAUUGUCAGCGUCACCAGCAUUGACGAAGGCAAGGUCAGUGCCUACGGCAACAUCAUGACCCCUGGCGUCCUGGCCCAGAACCACCAGCACGUGUUUGCGGUGAGAAUCGACCCGGCCAUCGACUCGUACAACGAUGCCGACUCCCAGGUCGUCAUUGAAGAGUCGCACGGGCAAAAGAUCGACCCCAAGACGAACCCGUACGGCAACUUUUACAAGGUGCAGCGUGAAAAGGUCGAGAAGGCGACGUGGAUCGAUGCCGAGCCGCGCCUCAACCGGCUGCUCAAGCUGGAAAACGCCAACAAGAAGAACCCCAUCUCGGGCAAGAACCUCGCCUACAAGCUCGUCGCGCCAGUGACGCAGAUGCUGCUGGCCGACCCCGAGGGCUUGGCGGCUCAGCGAGCGCAGUUUGCUCAGCACAAUGCCUGGGUGACGGGUUACCGAGAUGGCGAGCUGUGGGCAGCGGGCGAGUUUACGAACCAGAGCACCAGGGAGGUUGGUGGCGUGGCCGACAUGGUCAAGCGAGGAGACUGGUUUACAGACCGAGAGACCAAUGGGGCGAAUGGUGAUGCGGAGGAUCAGGGGAAGAGGAGCAGCCCUGUUGUGUGGAGCGUGUUUGGGCUGACACAUAACCCCCGGAUAGAGGACUGGCCCGUCAUGCCAGUCGAAAUCUUCCAGAUCCAUAUCCGCCCUACAGACUUUUUCACCGCCAAUCCUGCGAUUGACGUUCCCUCGACCAGAAACGACGCCAGCGUUCUUCUCGGAGGAUCAUGCUGCACUGCCUCUGGCGACAAGAAUGCGUCGCCGGUGCAGCAGAACCCGGUCACACAUCUUCAGGGGAGCGCUCCGAGCAUUGAUCCUAAGGCGGUGGGGGCCCAUGUUGACGAGAAGGCGAAUGCUGACGAGAAGCUGAGCAAGAGGCUGAGCAAGUCAUUUAACGGAUUGUUUGGAACCAAGAAGGAGAGUAAAUGA